CGGCUUGCAUCCGAUAGAAAGUGAGGAAUCUCCCAUCAAAAAAUACCCUGUUCGAACGGUGACUAGGUAACGGUCUGUCGGACUUCACCUUCUCUGCAGCAUCGCGUUUAACUUUGGUCAUCAUGGGCCGAACACCACACAGAGAUCAAAAGGAGGAGAAGAAGGAGAGACGAAGCAGCAUCACAGCAGGCUCUGCCCUCGACAAAUCUAAUGAACCGUUCCGUUGGGAAGAUUAUCUGAGAGAAACGUCCUCCAUUGCAGCGUCGCCUACUUGCUUCAAACAGUCCAGAGUCCCCCCCUCCAACGACUUCAAAGCAGGUAUGAAGCUUGAGGCACGGGACCCUCGCAACUCCAACUCAGUGUGCAUUGCAACGGUGAUGGGCAUGAUGGGUACUCGCCUACGCCUGCGUCUGGAUGGUAGCGACAACACCAACGACUUCUGGCGGCUGGUCGACUCGUCAGACAUCCAGCCAAUAGGAACCUGCGAGAGGAACGGAGACAUGCUGCAGCCACCGCUGGGUUUCAGGAUGAAUGCCUCCUCAUGGCCCAUGUUCCUCCUGCGGACGCUGAGCGGAGCAGAGAUGGCCCCUGCCUCUGCUUUCAAGAAGGAACCAGCCAGCCCUGCUAAAAACUACUUCCAGCCUGGUAUGAAGCUGGAGGCGGUAGACAGGAAGAACCCCUACCUGAUUUGUCCCGCCACAGUGGGAGAAGUCCGAGGUCAGGAGAUUUUCGUGAUGUUUGACGGCUGGCGAGGCGCCUUUGACUACUGGUGCCCCUUCGACUCCAGAGACAUCUUCCCCGUCGGCUGGUGUGCCCUGACGAAACACAGCUUACAGCCGCCUGGAAACUUCUUUACCCUCCCUGGUGCGCUCCUCGCCCCAGUUUCUUCCACUUCAGCCUCCCUCACUACACGUCGCUCCUCUUCCAACUCCUUUUCCUCCAUGCAGACCUCGUACCGACUGCCCAACCCCUUGCCACCCCUCCCUGUUCGCAAGGGUGUCCGAGGUCGUCGUCCCAAGUCCCAGACUAUUGCUUUGCUGAAGGCAGCGGCCGAGGCCGCGGCGGCAGCAGCAGUAAAUGGAGCAUCACAGAGCCCUGCCAGAACGAGCUCUGAGGCUCAACUGGCCCCCAGACCACACAGGAAGAGAGGCCCCAAGCCCAGGAACAAGAAGAAGCCACGGGUGGUGCAAUCCCUGGGGUCAUCAUCAGUUACAGCUCCGCCUCCAGAGACCAGACUGAGUUCCGUCCAUGUCUCAGCGGACAACAACCAUAGCAACAGCUCAAAUGUAGUUUGCACAGUUUGUGUCUAUGUGAACAAGCAUGGCGACUAUGGCCCCCAUCUUGAUCGAAAACUAGUGCAGCAACUCCCGGAUCACUUUGGUCCAGCUCCAGUCAAUGCUGUGCUUCAGCAAGCCGUUCAGGCCUGCGUGGACUGUACGUACCAGCCGUCUGUGCUGCUGUCAUUCCUACAGAGCCAGUCCCACACAGGAGGAGAGGUCAUCAGAGUGCGGUCAGAGCAUGGUAUCCGCUAUGUGAAGCUGCCCUCCGCCUCCAGUGCAUCUUCUGUGCUGCGGUUCCUGGAGAACAUGUGCCAACAUCUGGAGAGUGACAGUCUUUUCAGCUCGCAGCCGUUCAGCCCCUACAACAACAACAACAACAACACACGCUUCUACAACAAGGCCAAGUCAGAACCUCCACCCCACACUGAGAACGGCCUGUCCAAUGACGAUUCCACAAAGGAUCCCGCUCCCGGCACGCGCUCCAUUCACGCCGCAUCGGACUACAGAGCAACGAAGAAGGAACGGUCGUAUUACCCUGGACACACACACACACCGCCUCCUCUACGACGCGUUAGCUCCAACCCGGCUGAACUCGGCCCAAUGUGUACCCACAGACGAGUGGAGGCAGCUAGCUCAACAACAGGCCCAGACCAUGUGAAACAGGACAAGGAAGGUUCAGGGAACGACGCUUCUUCCUGGUCAGUGGACGAUGUCAUACGGUUCGUCCAAGAGGCUGAUCCCCAGACUCUCGGCCCACAUGUCGAGCUGUUCAGGAAACACGAGAUUGAUGGCAAGGCUCUGAUGCUGCUGCGCAGUGAUGUCAUUAUGAAGUACAUGGGACUGAAGCUGGGCCCAGCGCUCAAACUCUGUCAUCACAUCGAAAAGCUGAAACAGACCAAACAAUAGAGGACAAGGACACUCUCUUUUCUCACCGGCAACCAAACACACACAAACAUGCAUUAUUCUACAGGGAUGUAGUGUAAAUCCACCUUAACCAGGGUCGUAGCCACCACCGAGGACACCGAGCUCAUGUCCUCUGUACUUCCUGCGAAUUUGAGGAUUUUAGUAACCUGCAGGGGGUAUUUUAUGAGCUGAUUUGACUAUUUUAAAACCAGCAAAUAAAUAAAUUGGUGAAGGUUUCAGCAUUUUCCUCAGAAUUUUCCUCCUGGCAGUGUGGAGAAAACUUUGAAACAGCAUUUAGACCUCAGAUCUUUUGAAAUAAAAUUUACAUAAAGUAUAAUUAAACAGUUAAAUUAAAAAAGAAAAUAUGAAAAAUUCACGUAAUUACUACAGCCCUGAGCUGAACACUUUUAUUUUUUUAAUUAACACACCACAGUUUACUUACACAUUAAAACAGGUACACAGUACAUGAAUUCAUAAUGUCCAUAUGUGUAAGUAGUAUCAGAUAUCUGAGCAUAAUUAUGAUUUUUGUUCAUGUUAGUGUUUUUGGUUGUUUGUUUUUUUUGCCUCAUUAUGAACUGGAGGCAGUAAUUUAUCAAUUAAGUUACCUCUACAUUGCCACUUUUACACACACAUAAGCUGUAAGUUUUGCAGCUGUCUCCUCAGAUGUCUGACUGUUAAAAGUAUUUUUUUUUUUUCCCUGGUCAGAAUUUCAGGAUGGACGCUCUGCACUCCAGAUUGGGAAAGUUAGUUCAGGUACUGGCAGUGAACGUCUCACUGCAUCAUUUUUAACAAUGCAAUAAAAGUUUCUGAAUGAUUCUGUCUGUUACAGACUGUCAAAUUUCGUUUAUGCAAGCCAGAGAAUGUAUGCAGUCACGAGCAUUAUUACGAACUGGUACUGAACAACAGGAAUGCUCAAUUACUGUAUGUGAAUGAGAAAUGUUCAAGGGUUUCUUUCCAAAAUGAUGGAGGAGACGUAUUGUUCCCUGAAGUCAGUCAUUGCAUAAGUGAUUCCUGUCCUCAAACAAUUCAGUUGUUAUUGACAAAGAUCAUAAAUUAAAUUUGGCAGAGUGGGUACCAAUUGUAUUUAAUUGGUGGACAUUUUACUUUGGAAGAAAACCUUUCAUCGGGUGUAAUUCUGCAGCGCAGGCCGUAGAUGUAGAAAAUCUGAAGAGUUUUCUCUCUUUUAUUUGUGUCUGUUUCGUGUGCUGGACAACAGUCAAGCUGGACGUUUUCAGCUUGAGCACUGAUGUGGCUACAUGAUUGUAUUAUGCUCUGACAGUCUCUCUCUUUCUCUCUCUCACACACACACACACACACACACACACACACACACACACACACACACACACACACACACACACACGGGACGUACACAUAAAAUGACUGGAAUACUGUAAGUGUUUUGACUUUAAAAUAAAGGCAAGGUCUGACAGGUUUUAGUGCUGUACAGAAAGUUAAAGUGCUCCUGAAAGAGUAAAUGAUGGAAAAACAGUUUUGUAUAAAAUCAAGCCAAAAGGUUGUUUUUUGAUAUCAUUUUGUACUGUAACAAAGUGUAUCAACCUGUAUCAAGCGUAAGUGUAAUCAAAUUGUUUUUCUGCCUGAAAUAGUUUUUGUGUGCACCAUCAAAUAACUACUUACAGGACGAUGUUGUGUCUGAGUAAUUAUUCACGUCUCAAAGUAUUUAUCUGUUUUUGAUGGCAGAACUACUAAUUUUCUGAACAUUUCAGAACCAUUUUCAAACCAAAUCAUGUCUGUUGUAGCUGCAUUUCACACUGUUGCUCUCCUGUAGUGGUAACAAGUCGAUACUUGAAACCAUCUUGCUUUAAUGUGAAACUCAGGUUUUGGUAGGGGUUGUUUCUUAGAAUAUGUUUUACAUCAUUAGCAUUUUGUGUUCAUUACUACAACAAAGAGGGACUGCACAAUAAUCAAUUAUGUAUAUUUUCUAUGUCAUCUAUCGAUUCUCAGCAUUUCAUGUGUAUAUAUACAACUUUUUACUGUAAGUUCAACAAAAAAAUGUUUGUUAAAUAUG